AUGCAUACCAAUAAUUCAUUUUCAGAGGAUGCUCAACCUGCUAUUGUUCGAGCUAUAUGUUCAACCAAUCGUCCGUUUUUCAUGAGUGUCUUCGAUAAAACAUCUAAGAAUAAGAUUUUGGAAUUUGAACGGCUAAUGAAAUGCUGCAGUCCAAUCCUCUUUCCCUCGUCACGUGCCACUAUUGUUGUUAGAGAUAGACGAGCGCAGAUCUUGGGUUUUGUCAAACAUGCGUAAGUGUAUUAAUUUGGUUCAAUCGUAUUUAUAAGACAAACUUUGCUAUUGGUUUAAUUCAUAUGUAUUGGUUAUGGAUUUUUACCAUUUGCUAUAAGCUCACGCAGACAUCAAGGGCCUGGAUUGUAUCAAAGCCUUAACUACUUUAUAACUAUCCGUUUUGUAUAAUUAUCUUGUAGUUAACUUUAACCAUGCAGUUAAAUCGGUUGUAUAACAUGUAUAGUUUAAUGCAGUUAUAAAGCGUACAGUAGUUAAAGUUAACUGUGCCCGUUAAUUUCUCAAAACGUGUAGUUAAAAAUGACAGUGUUAGGAGUUGAUCAAUUAUUUUAUUCAGUAAAACAAUAAAGAAAUGAAACGGUUACCUAAAGUUUUCAAUCGCCCUCAUUGCCGGAAAGUUUUCCUGAUUCUCACAAACUUUAAAGCGCUAUCCGUUUGGUAUUUUUGGUGAAAAUAUACUUUUGCACACGAAGACUCCGCAAAGACGAAGUGGGACCCAUAGCAUGACGAAACAAUGCCAUUACUAUUAGUACACACGUAAAAAUCUCUCGCAACUUGUCAACAAGAUGUGUUCGCAACAGGCUUGUGGCAAGCUUGUCAACAAGUUGUAACAAUGUUGCUAUUUUAUCAAAUUGCUACAAGGUUGUCAUUCACAACUUGUUGACAAAUUGUUGAAUUGCAAGACUGAAUUGUUCCAACAACUUGUAACAAGUCUGUUGAGCUCAACAUCCUUGUAGCAAGUUGUCAACAAGCCAUUGACAACUUGGCAACAAGCUGGGAACAAGCAGUGCGAACACAUCCUGUUGACAAGUUGUUGGAACAGCAUUGCUACAAGUCUGCUGCAAGAUGUGUACUACUAAUACACGUCCAAUGUCUUGUAUGUAUUCGGUGUAGUAUUCCACAUCAAUCACAGUCAAUUUUUUAAUUUAGAGCACGUGAAACAUGCGUGUCGUGGUUUGGUCCGUCAGAAUACUAUGAAGUUGCAGACGACAAGGGAAAUGUGGAGUUUAUUGUCCAAGGCCCAGGAGGUUGUGUGUUUGAAUGCAGAAGACCAAGUGUGUUUAGG